UAGAAUGACGAUACAUAAAUAACACGUAAAACAUUUUUCAUCGGCGUGCAUUUUGCAAUAGAACAAUAACAAAACAAAAUUUCUUUUUGCAUACACAUUUGAGUGUGUUGACAUCGAAUUUAAAUCAACAAAAUUUUAAGUUAUUAAACAUGAAACGACUGGAAUUAGUUAUAUUUUAAAUUGGGUCAUCGAUCAAGACAAUUGGAGACUUAAAAGUAAUAAUCCAUUACAAUCGCAGUGCAUAGACCAGUUUAAAUAUCAAAUUGAGGCCUAUUUAGAAAGCUGCAUGCAACGAUGGGAUUACGACGACCUGGGGUAACGAAAGAGUAUGAAGAAAUGCCCGGUGCAAAUGUACCGAUUUCAUCGAAACACAUUCACCACAGUCAUCUGCACAAUCAUUCUAUGCAUUCAAAUUUACAUUCACAACGCAAUUCUCAAGCCACGGAUUUGACAGCGUUUGCAAAUCAAGAUUUGGAAAUGUCAUCCGUUAGCGUUGUUCCUGAUGAUACAUAUACGGUCACACAGGCGGUGAAUGCGCUUGGAUUUGGUUGGUUUCAAGUGAAAUUAUCAUUGUGCGUUGGUCUGUGUUGGAUGGCCGAUUCUAUGGAAAUGACGAUUUUGAGUGUUCUCGGUCCGGCAUUGCAGUGUGAAUGGGGAAUAACUCGAUAUCAGCAAGCACUCACCACAACCAUUGUAUUCCUUGGUAUGAUGAUGAGCUCAACAUUUUGGGGACAGCUCAGUGAUCGAUGCGGCCGAAAACCUGCUUUAACACUAUGCGGAAUAUUGCUAUUCUUAUACGGGUUUUUAAGUUCAUUUGCACCAAGUUUUGCAUGGUUGCUGCUAUUACGUGGUCUAGUUGGAUUUGCUAUAGGAUGUGUACCACAAUCUGUUACAUUGUACGCUGAAUUCCUACCAACUAAACAACGUGCAAAGUGUGUUGUACUCUUAGAUUGUUUCUGGGCAUUGGGCGCCUGUUUUGAGGUUGCGUUAGCGUUGGCAGUUGCACCAACUUUGGGAUGGCGUUGGCUUUUGAGGCUGUCUUCAGCGCCAUUAUUUAUAUUUGCCUGCAUAACACCUUGGCUUCCGGAAUCUGCACGAUAUCAUACAUCGAGCGGCCAACUAGAUAAGGCAUUGUUGACUUUAGAACAAAUCGCAAAAGAUAAUGGAAGGCCAAUGUUGUUGGGUAGGUUAGUCGUUGAUGGUCCACAAGGUCCACGAGGAAGUGUGAAGGCGCUCUUAAGUCCAACACUUCGACGCACAACCAUUCUUUUAUGGUUUAUAUGGAUGUCAUGUGCCUUCUGCUACUACGGCCUGGUGCUUAUGUCAACCGAACUCUUUGAUCCAAAUAUAAAUAAUCUGAAUGCAGGUGAAUCAACUGAAUGUCGUCAAUUAGCAACAACUGAUUAUAUGGAUUUAUUAUGGACAACAUUGGCUGAAUUUCCCGGCAUUUUCGCAACGAUUUUCAUCAUUGAAAAGUGUGGUCGCAAGAAAACAAUGGCAUUUCAAUUUUUAUUAUACGCUGGAUGUGUUACGCUGCUUACCACAACCGGAGGUAGUCGGACGGCAUUAACAAUAAUACUAUUUUUGGCACGCGGUGUAAUAGCUGGACUUUUCCAAGCCGCUUACGUUUAUACACCAGAGGUGUAUCCGACUGCAUUGCGUUCGGUUGGUGUGGGCGGUUGUUCGGCAUUGGCACGAUUUGGCGCUAUGAUGACACCAUAUGUUGCCCAAGUUCUUCUGCAAACAUCUUUAUCUAGUGCGGUCACAGUUUACGUAAUUUUCGCUGUAUCAGCUUGUAUAGCAUGUCUUUUAUUACCAUAUGAAACCAGAGGAAAUGAUAUGGCAACUUAAUAGAGGCUAAUAAAUGUAUCGUUGGUGCUUUCGAUUUAAUUAUGUGAUUCCUGAUUAUUAUUAUUUUUGAAUUGCAAUCAAACAAUUCAAACGAACUACAUAAAUAUAUUAAAUAUAUAACACUUUUCUACUAAUUAUUGCAACGUAAAAUCGUUACGGAAAAUUUUCAAGCAGCAAAACGAAUACAGUUUUUGCUCUUCAACUCUUGAACGAAGAACCAUAUGAAAGAAUUUAAGCGAUUCGAUUGUAAAUACUUUUAUAUGUUUACCUAUAUCGUAUUUAUUUUUUAUUAUGUAUCAAAUUUAUACUGUUGAUAGAGCUUAAGUAUAUGAGCCGCCAUCCAUUCAAAUCA